AUGUUGGUUUUCCAGCAAUGUAACGUUGUGUUGUUCUCACCAGUUAUAGCCUGGGCCAUCUUCUUUGGCUCCAUGUGGGCGGGUUUCGAGUCUCGGUUCGACGGGAUUUUGAAAAGCCUCGCGUACCAUAGUGAACUAGCCGACAAGGAGGCUGUCGCGGCGGACAUUGCUGAAGCCGUACGACGUAGCAAAGCCGACGACGAGAAGUGGGAGCAGCAAGAGCACGAGUGGAACGCUGCUAAAAUUCAGAAAGUCCUAGCUUGGCUUGGCACGAAUGAUACUCUCCCAGCCGACUUGCUCGAGCGGCACAUUCGCAAUUACUUGCCAGGUAGCUGUGAUUGGUUUACACAACACAAAGCAACCCGGGCAUGGCUAGAGGAAAACACAAAGAAUCCCUUUCUAUGGCUUUGCGGAAAACCGGGGGCGGGGAAAUCCAUGAUAUGUUCUGCUCUCGUGCAACAUGCAGAGACGAAUGGCUUUCAUGUGUUUUAUUACUUCUGCAGUUUUCUCGGAAGCCAUUCCGAUGGCCCAAAUCGUCUACUGCGAUCCAUCAUCUCGCAGGUGAUCCAGAAACACCAGGAUCUCGCAAUUUACGUUCAUGACGUCUGCUUCAAAUCCUAUCCAGUACCCACGAAGAAGGCAUUAUUGAGUCUUCUUCCUGAACUGCUUCGAGGGUUGAGCUCUGUGCGGCUUGUUGUAGACGGCGUUGACGAAUGGGUUUCACAAGAUCAAAAGGAGCUUCUCAAAGAUCUUUUGGAUAUGAUUUCGAUCGAUAAAUCCUCCCAUAUCUGCAAGAUCUUGAUUGCUAGUCGAGAGACCAUGGAUAUCUCGUGGGCUUUGCGCAAGAAGGGUAAAUCAGCAAUAGCAAUAUCUUUGAGCAAUGGCGACGAAGGUCUCGCAAUCGCUCGGUCAAUUGGAAGUUUUGUCGAUAACAAGUUGUCUGAUCUUCCUGAUCAUUUCGAUGAGCUCGAUCCUGAUGCGUCGAUUUUAAGUCAUGUAAAGCAAACUCUGCUCGAGAAGUCUCACGGUAUGUUCCUGUGGGUAAGCCUCGUUCUGGAGUCACUCAAUAUGGCGUAUAGUUCUGGAGAACUACGUACUAUCGUCGACGAUCUGCCCUCAGAUCUGGAAGCCCUGUACGAGCGGAUUCUGGCUCGUCUCUGCAGCGCUCGUGGUGCUCAGAAGUACGGAGGCGUAUCGCGUGUCAUGAGCUGGAUAUGCUUCGCACGAAGACCUUUGCACAAGUCAGAGCUACUGCAGGCGCUAUCGAUCCUUCCACACAACACAAGCUCUCAGGUGCAGGAUAUUCCUGUCGCUUCUAUACUGGACCACUGCAAGCCACUCGUCGAACAACUCCCAGAUUCAACGAUAGUACCAGUGCACUUCUCGGUAAAAGAAUAUCUCCUCAAGUCGCGUACACCACAGACUAUCCCAGCAAUCGACGCUGCAUUGAACAUAUCAUCCGCUUGCGCUGUUGUCAUUGCGCGCGGUCUCGAUCUUUUACGUUUGGAAAGCAGCUCCAUUGACUACCUGGCCCGAAUUGCGACUGGAAACUACAGGCUUUUACCGUAUGCGAUAGAGUUCUGGAUCGAACACUGCUUGCAAUACGCCUCGGGCGGAGGAAGCCUCGGCCCGGAUCGACCGUUGCAGCAUCAUCUAAAUCGAAUGCACGAAAAGCAUAAAGACUGUCAGCAUGCACUUGGGUGUGCCAAAACUCAAGUUGGCGCGCAGGAAGAGCCCAACGCCAACCUCAUAGAUGAACGACUGAAGCUGUUUUCCAAAAAUUGGCUAGCCAAUUCCAUGGCGACGGCAAUCCAGUCAAGUACUCUACUCAUACCCGCAAAGUUGCGGCGCACGAUAGAUGGGUCCCCUGAACCCAACAUCGACUUGGGUCCUACAGUUGCACCUCCGCAACCCCCAUCCGACCAGCCCGGCGCGAGACCUGGUCCGUCUACUUAUUGGUCCGUAUCGGAGUUACAAGACUUUGACCGAAAUAUUGCAUAUUUUGGCACAGACUGGAUAGCAAUCGAAAACCACAUGGGCACUAAGACGCACACUAUGAUCAAGAAUCAAUAUCUACGUCUCGUCGAAACCGGCAAGCUUUCCCUGGAGCAGGCAGCAAGAGAGGCGGACGCUCGAAGGGAACGAGGUGAUGAUCUAGGGCCACCGCCAAUACCAACUCCACCCCCCAAGAGACGAUACGAGAGCACACAGCCUUUGCAGGGCCAGCAGAUGAACAUGGGUCAACUUCAACCUAACCAACAGUUUGACUUCAGUGAGAUAGCAAACCGGCAAAUGGAACCUAUGCGCAGCCAAGACCAGGGUACCACGGUGGCACCUGCAAGCAACAACCCGAACAAUGGCGGUCAGCACACCAGUCCUGGACAUGGUUCAGGAGGCGACAAAAUGCCAUAUGCUGGUAAUGGUAAUCCAGGGGCGGGCGAUUGGAGCUCAGAUCUGCGUUAUUCAUCUGACUUGAAUCUCGGUGAUAUGGAUAACAUGGGCAUGAAUAUGUAUAUGGACAUGGAUGGCGGAGGAGGAGAUGAUGACUGGGGCUUGGAUUUUGAUAACAUGUAG